CGAGCGGUCGUAAAGCGUUUUUUGUUUCUAUCGCGCCAUUCUGGGACUAUUUGAACUACGUACGGGAUCUUUCUAGUUUCGAUUUACCUGUCGCUGACCUCUUCAUGCCUGUUUCGAGAACUAAUUAUAAAAUUUUAUAAUGGAACGUGACAGUUUUUAAGAAAAAAAUAUCAGUGCAGUGUUGAAAUACAAAAUGGCUGCUGCAAUGAUAACUGAUCGUGGACUUCGAAAGAAGUUAACACAGGAAGCUAUACCAGAGAAGACGCCAAAAAAACCAUCAAAACGAAAGUCAACGGCGAGCAGUUCUAAGAAUGACAAGAAAAAUGAACAAAAUAAUAAUAAGAGACCUAAAAUCCAGACUGGAGAUCCAAAACUUGACUUAUUUUCCACUUAUCAGCCUUGGGUGAUACAGACAUAUGGAGAUUUGGCGAAAACAAAGACUAUUACACUAAAGAAGUACGCCAGGAUCUUGCGUACACUUCGCGGCGAAGAAUGCAACAGUUCUGAUAGUUCUAAAUUCCGCUUCUGGGUAAAGGCUAAAGGAUUUCAUAUUGGAAAGCCCCCUGGAUACGAAGCGAAACCUGCUGAUGGCAUAGUCUGCAGAUACAGCGUUAUGGAUGCAGAUGGCUGUACAAAAAGCCCCGAUGGUCAGGAUAUUUACACUGGAUCGCAGGGCGACCCACCUUUGUACAUACCAACUCCUCCUCUGAAGAAUGCACCAAAUCAAGAGCCGGUGUAUAGAAAGGUGGCUAUAGUCGAGAAUUUCUUCGACAUUAUCUAUACAGUUCACGUCGAACUUGAAGGAAGGCCUGGCAAACACGCCGGACAGAAGCGUACAUAUAGAACGAUAACCGAGACGUACGCGUUUCUGCCCAGAGAGGCGGUCACGCGCUUCCUCACCGGAUGUGCGGAGUGCGCGCGGCGUCCGCGCAGCGCCUCUCCGCCACCCCUGCCGACACCCUCACCCUCCCCGACCAGGCACCCUACAUACCUCUCGUUCCUACCUCACUGCGCCACAGACUACACCCGAAAUUGGGAAUCAGAGAUUGACGCAGCACAUUCUAACUAUACAUACGAACCUAAAUUUGAUUAUACAGACCUCCAACCACUUAAGAAAGUAGAGAGCCCAAAACCAACAGAUGCCGAAGAUCAGGAGCCGACAUACAUAGAACUCACGUCAAAGAAAGUCAAUGGAUUUGAUUCCACACCGCAUUACAGUAGAAAUUCGCCUAUCAAUCCCGCGUUUAGAGAAGAGGAACCUGUCAGGACAGACCCUGAAAUAGACAAAGAUGACAGUCUGAUAGAUGUAGAAGAUGUAAAAUCUGAUAGUCCACCGCUACUUGUGUCACAAAAACAGAAAGAUGAAGAAUUGAGGAAGAGCAUUAAGGAGGAGCCGAGCGGAGAAAGUACUAAGACGUCAGAAAACUUAGGAGCAAAAGAGAAUAAGACUGAAGUGAAGAAAGAAAAGAAGUAUAAUCCGCUAGAUGUCGCGAAUUUGACGUCUAAAGAUCCCCCCAAAUCGAGAUCACCGCCUAGAAAAAAGUUAUUGCCUACGAGUAUAGAGUAUUUAGAUACGUAUGGCAGAGUUCCGAAACCAUGGAGACCUGAUGGUGCUUAUUAUGGAGAGGAAAUGGACUACAGCGUGCCUAUUACUACGGCGUACUUGAAACAUAUGAGGAAUAUGGCGUACCAGGAACGUCUCGACAUGGAAAACGGAAAGGAUAAUCUAACGCCGGAACCAGUAGAUAUGAACGACGAUGACAAUUUUUCCAGUCAGGCCUUCGCGAAAGACGCUGAGAAGUUGAAAAUGAUGUUGCUUGCAUGGAAUUACCACAGCCAGGCGCAAGGCCGGAAUGGGGACAUAACAGAGAGCGGUGCAGAUAGUAUGGCGGACCUGUGGGCAUCAUACCACAGCGCUUUGGGGCUGGGCAGCAAACCCCCGAAGGCUCCGACACCCUUGGCCACUGGCCACUCGGUGAGUUUUAAGAGCCCAAUCCACAUUGGUUCGGCUACUCCUGGUACUGAACAAUCGACGCAUGACGAAACCUCGUCAUCGGACCGGACCAAGGAUGACGACGAUGGCGGCGCGUCUGACGAUGACAGCGAUGAUAGAGUCGAUCCACAGCAUCAUGACCCGGAACGACUGAAGGCUUUCAAUAUGUUCGUCCGGCUAUUCGUUGAUGAAAACUUAGACAGGAUAGUUCCUAUAUCCAAACAGCCAAAGGAGAAGAUUCAAGCAAUCAUCGAUUCGUGCACUCGACAGUUUCCAGAGUUUGCCGAGCGUGCCCGAAAGAGAAUCAGGACAUACUUGAAGAGUUGCAGGAGGAAUAAGAAGGUUCGUGGAGAUGGACCCACAACGGGCAACGGUGGCAGCACGCCGGGCACUGGCAGCGCAUGGGACACAGCGGUGCGGCCGACGCCGGCACACCUGACAUCGGUACAAGCGGAACAUAUCCUGGCACAGGCCUGUGAGAACGAGAGCCUCAACGCGAAGCGAAUGCGGCUUGGACUCGAUCCUGUCAGCCAACCGAUGCCAACUGUGCCCACGCCUAUGGCUAUCGACACGACAGCAAGCUCUGCCGUCGCCUCGUCGUUCCUCAGUUUGUACAGUGGAGCCAUCAGUAGCCCAGCGUCCACUCCUGCCACUACAACGAGCACGACAUCUUUAGCAACUGCAGGACACAGCAAAGUAGCAGCAGAUUCUACCAGGCCAUCAGCAAGCCCCACAAUGGAGAAUGCAUUGUUGAACAAUAACAGCUUGAAAUUGGACAACGCUAAUGGGAAUGCUGGAAGUAAGACUGCCAGCCCCGCGUCAUCGCCAGCACCGUUAUUUAGACCUUCAUUUCCAAAUACAUUUGGAACGCCACAAACGUUCGGAAGACAGAGUUCCAACACGAAUUCAGCGUCAGCGCUUACAAAUAGUGCUCUCCUGUCAACACUGUCAGCUCUGCCACCCAGCGGUGUAGGAGUCAAUGCCGCGAUGGCAGCGUACCAAAGCGCUUUAUUGUCAGCGAUGGCGGCUCACACGCACACGUUCCCGACCAGUCUUACAGCACCAACAGACCUGUCGCUGAAGACUUCGACGCCGGCUCCGCUCCACGCUACUUCUACCUCUUCAUCGUUGCCUGGUACCGCGGCGUCUUCCACCUCCAAGUCCUCGCUGCUAUCUCAUAAGCUGUCAGGCGCAGAAGUUGGUGCAGUUAGGCAGCUCAUCACCGGCUACCGUGAGUCUGCUGCAUUCUUGCUGCGGUCCGCUGACGAGUUAGAGGCUCUACUCUUGAAUCAGGCCUAGGAGUUACCCAAAUUGUCUUUACCAGACAUAUUCGGGUUUAAAUUUGGAUAUUUUUAAUGUGUCAGUGACUUGAGAAUUGAAUAAAAACUUUGGAUUUGACUGACGUUUCGGUUCUAAAAUAGAUCAAAAGUGUAAAGACAUUAUAAAAGUGUUAUAAGAGUUCGAAAUUCAAAUAUUACUAUAUAUAUUAUAAUAAUUACAUAUAUACAUAUACUAAUUCCGUGUGAAUUAUUUGAGAAAAAAACGUAAUGUUUUCAGAGAAAGGCGUUAUUUAUUUACUAUAAGUGUUACUGUAAAACUCCGAAGUAGUUUAAAAUCUAAGAUAUGUCAGUAAAAUCUAAGAAUUACUUUUUUUAAUGGUAAAAGUUACAACUUAGCUUUCGGGCAUUUCAAGUUUUUACCAUCGAUACAUAUGGUUAAUCUUAGACUUGUAACAUCCA